CGAUCACGGAUCAAGCUCAUUCUCAGAGACAACCCUUUUCUCAAGACUCCAGCUCUUGCCUUCAAGAUCCCCCCGCUCGACACCCCAUCACGCACACCGACAAUGCAGUUCCCCCAGACCAUCCAGGUCUUCGUCGUGCUGGCCGGCCUGGCCUGCGCCGCGCCGCAGCCUGCGCCGCAGCCCAACCCGCUCCUCGAGACAGUGAUGCUGUCCAACGGCACUGCCACCGUCGCCGUCGAGGUUGAGGCCGUCUCGCCCGUCGCCGCCGCCAGCGGCGGCGCCCAGACCGGCGGCGAGAUCCACAUGGGCGGCGAGAUCGUCGGCCGCGGCGAGGUCCUCCUCGCCCGCCAGGACUCCACCAACUGCAAGGGCAGCAGCUGGUGCACCAACAAUCAGAGCUUCAAGGACGAAUGCACCAGGGCCAGGACCAGGCUCGAGGACACCGUUUACCGCACCGGCGGCUCCCUUUUCGUUCAGGGCAACGGGUGCUCCGCGACGAGGGAGGUCAUGAGAGCCGCCUACGACUCGAUCCGCCGCGCCGGAUGCCAGACUUGCGGGUCAGCCCAUUUCUAA